AUGUCGAGCCAAAACCCUAUGAGAGAACUCAAGAUUGAGAAGUUGGUUCUCAACAUUUGUGUUGGUGAGUCUGGUGACAGAUUGACCAGAGCUUCCAAGGUGCUGGAGCAACUGUCUGGUCAGACCCCAGUGCAGAGCAAAGCCAGAUACACCGUCAGAACUUUUGGUAUCAGAAGAAACGAGAAGAUCGCUGUUCACGUUACCGUUAGAGGACCAAAGGCAGAGGAGAUUUUGGAGAGAGGAUUGAAGGUGAAGGAAUACCAACUCAGAGAGAAGAACUUCUCCGAGACUGGUAACUUCGGUUUCGGUAUUCAAGAACACAUCGACUUGGGUAUCAAGUACGACCCAGGUAUUGGAAUCUACGGUAUGGACUUCUACGUCGUGAUGGGCAGAGCUGGUUUCAGAGUUGCCAGAAGAAAGAGAGCUAAGGGUAAGGUUGGUGUUUCUCACAAGUGCUCCAAGGAGGACACCAUUGCUUGGUUCAAGGCCAAGUACGAUGCUGAUGUUCUUGCUUAG